ACCACCUUCUGUUGGCUUUAACCUCUCCUACUCUUGACAUCUGAGUAGCUCUCAAAAAGCUCAUCUUGGUCAGAGUACGCUGCUCGAGCAAAGGAGACUGGCCACCAGGCUGAAGACCUGGAUUAUCUGAUCUGUACUGAACGUGUGUCGUUACUGUUUGGGAAAAAUAUCAAUUUACAGUGAAAAGUGACAGCCUUGUGGAGUUUAAUCCUUGCUAACUCUCCAGCCUGCAACUUGAAACUUGCAUGCCAUGGAACACACACUAUUUGGCUGCCUGCGCAGCCCCCAUGCCACUUCUCAGGGCCUGCAUCCCUUUACCCAAUCUUCAAUUUCCCUCCAUGGAAGAUCUGACCAUAUGUCCUAUCCUGAUCUGUCUUCGUCUUCGCCCUCGUGCAUAAUCGCUGGCUAUCCAAAUGAAGAGGGCAUGUUUGGUAACCAACAUCACAGAGGGCACCAUCAUCACCAUCAUCAUCACCAUCAUCACCAGCAGCAGCACCAGAACUUGCAAUCAAACUGGCACAUUCCUCAGAUGUCCUCUUCUCCUGCCUCUGCCAGGCAUAGUCUUUGCUUACAGCAGGAAUCGGGACCUCCAGAUCUAGGAAACAGCCCCCCUAUUUUGUGUUCAAACACGUCAAGUCUGGUCAGUAACAACUCUCCUGGUGCAGCGUGUGUGACGGGGGACUAUGGCAGGCAGACCCUGUCCCCUGCUGACACAGAGAAGAGGAGCGGAAAAAGAAAAAGUGACAGUUCAGAUUCUCAAGAGGGAAGCUAUAAAUCAGAUUUAAAUAGUAAACCACGCAAGGAGAGGACAGCGUUUACAAAAGAGCAGAUCCGAGAACUUGAAGCUGAAUUUGCCCAUCAUAACUAUCUGACAAGGUUGAGAAGAUAUGAAAUAGCAGUAAACUUGGAUCUCACUGAAAGACAGGUUAAAGUUUGGUUCCAAAACCGUAGAAUGAAAUGGAAACGUGUGAAAGGAGGUCAGCAAGGAGCAGCUGCACGAGAAAAGGAACUGGUAAAUGUUAAAAAAGGAACUCUUCUUCCAUCAGAGCUCUCUGGAAUUGGAGCAACUGGCCUUCAACACACAGCUGAUUCAUUAGCCAAUGACGAUAGUCAAGAUAGCGACGAAAGCUCAGAACAUGCACAUUUGUGAUUCCGGAAAGACUAUCAACCAGUUUUAUUCUCAGGAAAGAAGUGCUUCAAGGCAAGAUUUUCUCCAACAAAAAAAUGUUUUUUGUUCAUCAAUGUUUUGGGGAACUAAUCUUUUUAUAUUUUAUUUUUUUAAAUAAAAGAUUUUUCCAUUUGUGUUAACCCUUCGAUUUACAGGAGAACUCACUGUUCCUGGCGCUCAAAGGGUUAUAAGUGAGUAAGUAAUUAUGAUGCCGAAGAAAAAAACUGGUUUGGAUUGGAACAUUCCGAUAUUUUCGAUAAAGAACUCGAUUACUAGGGCAGGUAUAUUUGCUUUAGCUUGCACUGACAUUUACUUAAAGUCAACACAGUUUUGAUCCUUCAUUGAAUGAAAGCAGUGCCGAAUUUCACUAAUAAACCAAUAAAUAUAGUGUUAGCUCUGUAAAUAUUACGAUAUCCCUGUCUUCAUUACUUCUGCAAUGCAUCCAUGUAUGAAGUUGUCAUUGAAAAAAAACAA